CACAUCUGUCACAUUUGACAGUUCACUGUCAUAUCGUUCACAUGAAGGUAAUCGCAUGAGUUCUCUCAUCGGUGGACGAUUGUUCUUUGAAGAGACUGUGUAUCGUCCACGUAAUAAUAAAAUUGGAAAUUAAAAUGUCGUUGAUUGGAAAUAGCUUCUUGCGAGGUGUUUUAUGUAGAAAACUUUAUCCCAGCUUGCGAUUCCAAGUGAAUACCGCCCAAAUCAAACCACAAAAAGCCGGUUAUGCAACCACAGUUGUGACAUCAAAGGAUGUUGUUCCAAGUGCAGAUGGUAAAACGAAAGAAAAAUUGAACAAUGCAGCAAAGAUUUUCUUGGAACGAGCUCGUGAAUACGAUGAAAUGAUUCAAGAGGCUGGCGCAGAAUACCGCAUCGGUAUGCGCCAUUUGGCCAAUAUGAUGGGCACCGAUCCGGAAACGUUCACUCAAGCCGAUGCAGACGCAGCCAUUGAGUACUUGUUUCCAUCAGGUUUGAACGACAGAAAGGCUCGACCAUUCAUGAAACCACCCGAAGAAGUGUUCCCACCACGUAAGAGGAUCCAGUUCGAUAGAACUGGCCGACCAUUUCACUAUAUGUUUUUCACUUGUUUCCCCCAUUUCUAUGACUUGUGCCAUGAAGCCAUUGAUCAUAUGAAAAAACUGGAUAAAAUCGAAGACAAAGAUGUUCGACAGAAUAAAGAACCAAAUGAAGGACUUAAGUUAACUUUGGAUGAUUCACAAUGGUUAACAAAAGAGAAUCUACAAAAUAAAAUCAUUGAAGAUAUCUCCGAUAAACAUUACGAGAAUUUUGUUGCGAUGAUGGAUCGACUGUUGGCACACCCAUAUUCGUAUCAAUGCAAAGAUUUCAUUCUGAAAUAUCGGCAAACGUUGCACAAUCAAUCGAAGGAACGUGAGGUCAUUGAACCGAAAAUCGGCGAAGAUGGACGCCAAUAUGUUACGUCAUACGAGUGCCGAUUCAAAACAUGCAGAGCUGAUGUCACCGUCAUUUCACCUGGUACUGGUCAAAUCGAAAUCAAUGGCAAAGACAUAAAUUAUUUUCAGGCUGCUGCACCAAAAGAAACGGUUUUGUUCCCGCUUCAUUUCACGAAUAUGCUUGACAAAGUGGACAUUGUGGCAAACGCAGUUGAUGGUGGAUACAUGGGACAAGCGGGAGCUAUACGCUAUGGUAUUGCACUUGGACUUCGAAGCUUUGUCGAUGAAGCAACAAUUGAAGACAUGCGCGUUGCUGGACUGCUGAAAUGGGAUCCACGAAGAAGAGAACGUAAGAAGCCAGGUCAAGAAGGUGCUCGACGCAAAUUCACAUGGAAGAAACGUUAAAUUUAUUAUUAUUUUAGAAUUCGAUUUAUUUACAAUAAUUGUACAGAUGCUCUUCACUUGGUCUGUCGUUUUAAAUGAAGUAAAAUAAAAUGCAAAAUGAAUUAAAA